AGCCUACAUUUUUAUAACACCAGCCACAUUGUCCCCUUCUCUGUCCCUCUCUCUCGUCUUCUCGUUCUUCUCUGUCCUCAUAUCAGUAUUGUCCUCAUUCCCUCUCAGUCUACCACACUGUCACCUUCUGUUUUCUUUCUGUAUGUUUAUCAUGUACAAUACAUCUACUAGUACAUUGUCUCCUCUUGUAGGUGACUUAUAAGGAGACUGAUCUACACCCAGCUGAGAGUCCUGGGGGUCUCGGCGGUUGCACAGGAUGUGCACUGCGACAGGAACGGACAGCAGGAAAAGCUGCUGGUCAUUCACAGGAAGCGCAAAGAAUGCGAAGGCGCUCGGGGAAGUGGGCCUCUCUCCACUCUUCCCCGCUCGUCACUCUCCACUCUCCAGCUCCCAUUGUCAAGAUGAGAGCUCCGCGGGAAUCCACCGUCUCGUCUCCUGCCAUCCAUAAAUAUAUCAAGCCCCCGUCAGGCAGACGUGAAUCACAGCCCUAUCAAACGAAAAACAAAAAAAAAAUAUUAAUUACAAAGACCCCCUUAACUCUUCCCAGAGGGCAGCUGUGGUCUGCCAACGAGCUUGCUGCUGAUCAGAGCUCUGUUCUGUUUAGAAACGGCACUGGGCGGGUAUGGUUCUGCCACCCUCGAGUGGGCACUAAGUGGCGGAGUGACUCACACACGGGGGAGACGGAACACAAUCGCCUCGGCGACCGUACACAGACGAGGGGGGAAAGCGUGUAUACCGGGAGAUAUUUACAUACAGUCAGCCAGGCUUCCUGUCUUUGUCAAGCGAGGGAGCAUUUUUUUCUCGUGACCCAUUGAUGUAAGAUCUACUCUUUCCUGUGCAGAGAGAAAAGAGAGCACUAGGAUGGGAGGGGGGCGGUCGAGUGGUAGACAAGAAAUGCCCUAUGAUUACAAUAGCCACCAAAACAGGACAGAAAGCUAAUGUUUAAAUUUAGGCUCUCCCACAUCAUGGCUUUCAGAGAUGAGGGCUCAAAAAUCUGUCGGGCUCCCUAUAGUGUGAGGAUUUCCUGGGUAUAUUCCAAAUUUGACCCAUGAAAGCUUAUCACACCAUACAGAUUCCCCAGAUGGACCAAGACACUAAAACAAAGGUGUUUUAAGUUCCAGCCAUUUUAUAUGGGAGUAAAUUGCUAUUAUACUGAAUGUAUAAAGAUAUACUGCUCAAAACCAAAUGAGGGGUGGUAAAUGUUAUAAAAAAAAACAAAAAAAAAAACAAUUAAAGACAGAUGGAAACGUUUUGCCUUCAUAUGGGGAAAAAAACAGUAGCAGAAAUGAACAAAAAAGUGUAAUGUUGGGAGGAAUUGGGCGUUGUACGAAGUUUAACGAACUGCGUGUGUAUGUGUGUGUGAGUGGCGCGCUUUGUCUGCGUGCGUGCGUCUCGCACACUAUCUCGGUGUCGGCGUCUGUUCAGGAUUUUGGGGCAAGAGUUCAACAGUUCCCCCGCACGGAGAAACCACUUUGGACUUAUUCUGUGGAGGUUUUGGAGGAUUCCGGGACGUUUGAAGAGAGACGGAGUUAGGAGGAAUGUGCACACUUCGAGAAGAACUAAGGAUUCACCGCGGAAUGUCUGCCGUAGUUUUUAUUGGGCUACAAACUUUUUUACGUAUACCCUAAGUGUAAUUCUGUCAAACAGGAGUAGUUUUGUUCUUCUCAUUUGGAACAUGUACUUUGGACGGAAUGACUUAAAGUUAUUCUGCUUGUGACUGGCAGGCAUGAUGGCCCACCUCGUUGUAAGCUGAUAUUACCUGUGCCAUGUGAAAGGAUGGACCAUCCAAGCAGCCCCACCUGUGAGAGCAGUGACCCGAAUGGCUUCGUGAACCGUGUGUUCAAUGUCUCCCUGGAUGUGGAGAAGGAAACAGGGAUCAUGCGGGUUCAGGAGGCCAAACCCGGGGAGCUCGAGGCAUCCUGUCCUUCAACUCCGGUGAAGGAGCACUCAGAGGCCAUCCGUCGGCCCAGGUCUACAGGCAUCUGGAAGAUUCUGAGCCGGCGGAGGGCCGCGUCGGACCUUGACCGCCGUCCGCACUCCAUGAUUCUUCCCGGCGAGGCGUCAAUCCCGAAGCUGUCCUUCAUGGACAAGGUGAGGUCUUUCAAGAAACUGAAAGCCCCGUCGUCUGUCUUCAAGGGCAAAGUGGGGAAGCUGUCUAGCUCCAAGCUCAACAGCUCACUCAGGGAUGAGCCCGAGGAGGAAGGCAGCAUCUGCCGAGACUUUCCCUCGCCACUGUACGCUCACAGGAACACACUCAGGAACCGUGGAAAGAGACACUCCUAUGCAGGUCACACCACUGACUUUGACGUCUCUUUUGAGGACUUUGACUUGACCCCCACUCCUGAGUAUGACCAAACGCCUGUAAAACAUGUAGCCAGCAACCACAAUGGCUGCAAGACGCUGGAGAGGGUUACAUACACCAAGAGGGCACAUCCACAUAUUUCAAACUGUAACAACUCCACGCUGACGAUCCCUGAGGAGAGGUGUGUGAAAGACAGUCCGAAGGUUUCAGCGGGGUCUAGAAGACACAAAGGCUCUGAGGUGUUGGGCUACUUGAAGAGGAUCUCCUUCAUGGGGAAAGGAGGUUCGGAGGUUCGGAGUUUCGAUUCCUUGCAAACGCUGGACAAGACCAUUGACUCAGAUUAUGGCUCUGUCGACUUUGAAUGUAUCAGAGAUUUUCAGCCAGGUCCGAGGCCCACAGGUGCUGAUGGCAAAAGUAGCCAUUUUGGUGGGCUGUUUCGCUUCUUCAACAGCGUGGCUGAGACUGCUCGUAAAUGGAGAAACUCAUCGAGGUCGUUCUCGCCGCCCGAGGGCGAGGGCUCACCUGCCGGCUCCCCGAAGUCGCAGAGGGCGCGGGACUUUGCCUAUGCUACGUCGCUGACCUUGAGGAGUGAGGACAAGGUCGAGUGUCUCUCACCUGGUUCUCACUUGUCUCCAGACGCCGGCCUUUGUGAAGUCUCACCUGCCAAGGUGGUGGUGGGCAGGUCGCCGCAGGUGAUCCUAAAGUCGUGGAGAGUGUACCCAGACUCGCCAGGUGGGAGCAGUCGCCCCUCUAACACCUCUGAGGGGUCAGGGUCAGGGUCGACUCUGACUCCGCUCAACUCCACACACACCUCGCUGGCAACCAUAGAGAACCAACAGAGGUGUGAUGUCACAGAGAGAGGCUCACUCUCUGAGGCAGAGGGCCAAUCAGAGGGCAUCUCCCCGGAGGCUGAGCUGGAUUCUAUGGAUGUACCAGUGGCCAUAGGGCAAAAUCAGGCUGCCAGUGGCCAGUCAACUGCAGAUAAAAAGGAUACUUGUACUUACACAGCAGCAGGACUUGGUUGUUCUGAGGAGGUGUUUAUGACCCUGUCUCGCCCCCCAGGGGUAUCUCCUCGUGACCCCCCUUUCAGGGUCAUCCUUCAGAGGUGCCGCUCUCUGCCCCUGCCCCAGGGCACACCUGCUGAGGUGGUGCCGGUGCGACAGGAACACACGCUUCCUCAGACAGGCGAGCCCUCAGACCAGACGGGUUCGGUCCGACUGCGGAAUGGGAAGGCCAGCGGCAGCGGUGUGAGACAAAGGAAGGCCCUGAGGCCUGGAUCAGAACCGCUGCAGGUCAACAGCUUGAUCAGCGGAGGUUCAAUCGUCAGCGCAGAGGCAGUAUGGGACCAUGUGACCAUGGCGGAUCGGGAGUUGGCUUUUAAGGCAGGGGACGUCAUCAAAGUCCUGGAUGCCUCCAACAAGGACUGGUGGUGGGGCCAAAUCGACGACGAGGAGGGCUGGUUCCCUGCCAGCUUUGUGAGGGUCGAACCCCACCCUCCUCAACCCCAAACAAAACAGGUUUUCUAUAUCAACCCUAUAGCAACUCCAAGGUUCCAAAGCACAACUGCAAAGCUCUGGGUCAACCAGGAGGAGACGGGCGGGGAGCCGGUGGAGGGUACCAGUGAGGUCCAGAACGGCCACCUGGACCUGGACUGCCUGACGCUGGGCACGCCCCUUCAGAACCGCGACCAGAUGCGGGCCAACGUGAUCAACGAGAUCAUGAGCACCGAGCGCCACUACAUCAAGCACCUCAAGGACAUCUGCGAGGGCUACUUGCGGCAGUGCCGGAAGCGGGUUGACAUGUUUAAUGACGACCAGCUGAGAGUCAUCUUUGGUAACAUCGAGGAGAUGUACAGAUUCCAGAUGGGCUUUGUGCGGGACCUGGAGAAGCAGUACAACACAGACGACCCCCACCUCAGUGAGAUCGGACCCUGCUUCCUGGAGCACCAAGACGGCUUCUGGAUCUACUCGGAGUACUGCAACAACCACCUGGACGCCUGCAUGGAGCUCUCCAAGCUGAUGAAGGACAGCCGCUACCAGCACUUCUUCGAGGCCUGCCGGCUCCUGCAGCAGAUGAUUGACAUCGCCAUUGACGGCUUCCUGCUCACGCCCGUACAGAAGAUCUGCAAGUACCCAUUGCAGCUGGCUGAGCUGCUCAAGUAUACCGCACAGGAGCACAGUGACUACCGUUACGUGGCGGCGGCGCUGGCUGUCAUGAGGAAUGUAACCCAGCAGAUUAACGAGCGCAAGAGGAGGCUGGAGAACAUUGACAAGAUUGCCCAGUGGCAGGCGUCUGUGCUGGACUGGGAGGGCGAUGACAUUCUGGACAGGAGCUCUGAGCUGAUCUACACCGGAGAGAUGUCCUGGAUCUACCAGCCCUACGGGCGGAGCCAGCAGAGAGUCUUCUUCCUGUUUGAUCACCAGCUGGUCAUGUGUAAAAAGGAUCUGAUACGGCGGGACGUCCUCUACUACAAGGGGCGCAUCGACAUGGACCGCUACGAGGUGGUGGACGCCGUCGACGGGCGUGACGACGACUUCAUCGUGAGCGUGAAGCACGCCUUCAAACUGCGCUGCAAGGACACGGAGGAGCUCCACAUCUUCAUGGCCAAGAAACUGGAGGAGAAGAUUCGGUGGCUCAGGGCUUUCCACGAGGAGCGCAAGAUGGUUCAAGAGGAUGAAAAAAUUGGUUUUGAAAUCUCUGACUAUCAGAAGCGGCAGGCGGCCAUGACUGUGCGAAAAGUGACUAAACAGAAAGCUGUGAGCCAAAACAGGUAUGUGGUCCCCAGUACUCCCUCCCCACAGGACCCCUUGCCUCAAGGACAGUUCAUGCUCUCAGACAACUUGGCACAAUCAGAGGUAUUUGAGUUCCAGCAAGCCAGAAGGAACCAGACGCCAUUCUGGCAAAAUCUCAGUAGGUUAGCACCCUUCAAAAAAUAGCAAAAAGAGAAAAAAAAGAGAAUAAGAUCCACAAAGGAACUAUUUUAGAUGGACCACUAUUUUUUCCCGUUUUUCCGAGAGGCACUGUUGUACAUCAGAUGCUAUUUUUUUUUCUUCUGUGUGACUGAUGAAGAAAAAAAAAACUGAAAGAAUGGAUGAUGGAUGUGCUGUGUUUGUAAAAGACUGUCAAAUACAUCCAGCUGACACACAGACACACGCGUGAACUACUGGACCACUGUAACUCACAUCAUGGCUUCAACAAUAGCCACAACUCACAUAUGCUGAAUAUCCACUGGAAUCUGUGAGCUUACCCCUCACCCUGCCAUUUUAUGUGAAUGUGUUGUAAUUAUUAUUACUAUUGUUGUUAUUAUUAUUUAUCAUGUUAUCCUGCUUUUUGGCUCUACUGAGGGAAUGUGGAAGUAAUUAUCAAUCAUCUCUGACAAAUAAAUACGCACACCACACACAUGCACGCACGUACAAAUACCAAAUGCUACACAUUCUUCACGGAUAAGUCAAGAGCCCCAACCCAAGAACAUCAUUUCCACUCCUCCACUAAGGGGAAUCUGGAGAGUGCCCCCCCCCUGGAAGAUAACAGGCAGACAGCAUCUUUUCAUCUUUUCCUGCUUCCUCACAAGUGAUGUGCUCAGCAUUUGUAUUGUUUUGUUUAUUUGUUUGUUUGUUGGUUUUGUUUGCUUUCAUUUGUGAGACAGUGAUGGGCUACCUGGUCAGAGUUUUUUUGUUGUUGUUGUUGCUGGUUUGCUCUGUUCUGUCACUGUAAAAUUCCCCAUGUUUGGUGUGUGUUCAUUUCUGCAUGCUGGUGGGUCCUCAUUUGAGGAGUAUGGCUCGUGGGCUGUGCUAUCCAUGGAUCAGGGAACAACUCAAUUGCUAGGAAACACACACACACACACACACACACACACACACACAUACACAUACACACAUAUACAUACUGACACACUGUACCAAAUGCUCUUUACAGGGUAUUUUCUUUAAAGCAAGAGUGACUUUUGUAAACUUUCAUGAAGUAUAACCGCUGAAGCCGAUCUUUCUUUUGUUCUCCCUGGUUUGGGCUCAGUAACGUAUACACAAGCGUCCAGCGUUUCCAAGGCGAGGUCUGAACUACUGAUCCUACAAGACAUUUUGCUCGGUCCACACAAUGUUGUUGUAAUAUUCUCUGGAUGGCUCCUGACAGUAUUCUUGAUGGCGUUGGUGUUGACCGUUCCGUAUGGUUAAACUCUACGAUAAAGUCCUUGUAAAUUCACAGAAACUUACCUUAAGAAAAGGAAUUUCCAGAGAGUACUUUAAAACAACAUAAGCUGGAAGAAGAAGAAGAAGAAAAGGUUAAGAUAUAUGAAUAUAUAUUUCUAUUAUUGGAUCACUAAAGUUUAAUAAGCACAGCCAGAGAGACAACUUUGAAUCUUUGUAUUUAAGUUUUUUGUUUGUUUGUUUGUUCAUUUGGAACAUUACAUAGUAUCUGCGCUAGAGCCUAUUUAACAUGAUAAUUUACAGAUAAAUAAAUGAUCAGUAUAUACAAACCUA